GGCGAGUUUAGGGCGCUUCCGGUGCUGAUGUGGCCGGAACCCAAGGCAGGAGAGCGCGGAGGAGAAGAGUCGAGAGUCGCCAGGCCGAACCCCAACAGGAGAAGCUGCGCCGGCUAAGGAACCUGAGCAAAGCUCCUCAAGCUUUUCAGCCCUGAAUGUUGCCUGACAGGAGGAAAGCAGCUGCGGUGGGGUGAGCAGUGCCAGGCUCAAGAUGCUGAGCCGUUUGUCGGGGCUGGCCAACACUGUCCUUCAGGAGCUCUCAGGGGAUGGAGAAGAUGGUGGUGCUGCUGCUUCGCCUGAUGGCCCAGAGUUGGAGCCCAGCCAGCAGAAUGGGGAGGAGACCCCAGAGGAUGUGCUGGAACGGUUGGCCUACACAGAGAGAUUGGUGGCGCAGCUCAAAGACCUGGUUCGGGAGAAAGAUUCCCAACUCCAGCAGAAGGAUGCUUUGCUCCAGGAAGAAAAGCAGGCUGCAGAAGCCAAGCUGCUAAAACUGAAACUACAGGCCAAAGCUAAGCUGGCAUCUCUGAACAAGCGCAUUGAAGAGCUGACCGAACAAGCGGUGGUGCCUUCUGCAAGCAACCUAGCGGGAGAGCCACUCCCUCCCGCUAAGGGUGAAGGUGACCAAGGAACAUAUAACAAACCAGAAGAAGAGACAGAAGUGCUGCGAAAGCAACUUCAGGAAUGGGAGGAAAUGGUGGAGAAGCUCCAAAGCCAGCUGGAAGCAGCUAUAGGGAACCUGACAGAGGCCCAGGCCCGGCUCAGCACUCUGCAGGAGGAGGUCCAGCAGAAGGACUUGCUCCUCAAGGAGCAGGUCAGUCAGCACCAAGCUGAAUUGCAACGUCUAGCAGCCCAGUCGGCUCUGGAGGCAGAAAUGCAGCAGAAUCUGAGGCUCUUGCAGCGGAAGCUGGAGGAGCAAGAGGCCGCCUUGCUGGGGCGAACGCAAGUGGUGGAAUUGCUGCAGCAGGAGUUGAAUGAGGCCGAGGAACAGAAGCAGGUUCUGUUGGAGAAGUUCCAAAAGGUCGAGGCUGAGCUGGGUUCCUUACAAGACACCUUGGCUUCCGAGAGGCAGCAGUCCCGCAGCCUAGUGGAGAGGCUGGAGCUGGAGCUUGCAGAGAAGAAGAUGGCCUCCCACCACUUGCAGGAAGAGGUACAGCAGCUCUCUCAGGAACUGGCCCACGCUAGAGCUGACCAUGAACGCCAGAGCCAGGCCGCAGAGCAGAGACACAUGGAUGAAAUGGCAGAGAAGAGCCAGGAAAUUGCCCAACUCCAAAGCGCAGAACAGGAUUUGUGCGCCAGCUACGAGGCUCUCCAAGCCGAAAAUGCCCAACUGCGACAAAAUGGAGAUCGCCCACCGAAGGGUUCCACUGAGGAGAGUUCCGUCUUUCAAGGGGAGGCUCCUGAGAAGCUCAAAGAACCUGGCUAUUCAGAGGCUGAAUCAGAAGCAUUUCCAGUCCAAGCCUCAGGGCAGGUCUCUGCAGUGAGUGAGCCAGUUGAUGAACAGAGUGCGGCAGAGUUGCCAGCCAGAAACGCCAGCCAGCCAGAAGACCAGGAGUUCAAGACUGUUGCAGAGGCUCUGGAAGCCAAAAUAGAGACGCUUCCUGCCAAGUGGGAUGUGAUGGAAAAGAGGCCUGACACAGCAAGCCCAGCGGAGUCAAGCCAGGUCAGCGGCGCUGAAGGAGAUACUGAAGAGCAGUCUUAUCUGGCUCCAGGAGUCCCCCCUUGCUUUGGUGACAGUUUAUCUGAUCCUGGUGGCUUACUAGAGGGUCCAGGAAAUGACUACGUAGAAGACCCAUGCCCACCAGACUCUCCAGCUGCCCUGCCCCAAGCCCACACAAUCACAAGCCCUGAGGAUCCACUGGUUGCCACUGACAAUGGACAGCCAGAUAUCUUGGCCUACCUGUCUGCAAAGAAGCAGAGAGAUCUGUCAGUCCUGCUGCUGGAGUUACAAGAGGCUCAGGAAGAAAUAGCCUUCCUAAAGGGUCAGCUCCAGGACUCCAAACAACUGGACGUGGGUGAAGCCGAGGAGCCAAGAGAGCAGUUGCCGGACAGUGGUGCAGAAGAGAGAGAAGGAAGAGGAGAAGAGGUGGUGCCCUGCCAGAGCGAUUCCAGUAGCAGUUCACUGGUAACUGUAGAUGUUCCAGAAGAGCCCUCUCCCCUCCCAGGAAUGCUUUUUGGGCAAGAUGGCCUAUGUAUGGAGGAGAGGGGAGCAGCUCAAGAGCUUCCACCUGACUCUAUGCUGCACUUUGAAAUUGCUGAACUGCGGGAGAGGCAGAAGGAAACAGAAGAGGACCACAAGAGGACCUUAGAAGAGAGAAUGGAGGAAAUCCAAAGACUGCAGCAGCAGGUGGAGAACUCUGAGAGGUCUUUGUGCACUCUCAGUGCAGAGAGAGAUGAGCUCCUCUCCCGGCUGGAGGAUCUCCAUUCCCUGGCAGAGCUGAAGGAACAGGUGAAGCAACUGGAGGGCAACCUGGCAGAUUCGGAGAAGCGGCGGCUCUCUGACUACGAAUGUGGGGUCUCCCAGCUGGGCCUGUUGACAGAGGAAAUCCAGAGCCUGCGAAACGAAGCCAGCUCCAAAGAAGUGAAAAUUGCCGCUUUAGAAAAGGACCUGGAUGAGGCCCAGCACUGCCUCAUGGAGCAAGACCUUCUCACAAAAGGCUUAAAGAGCCAACUCGAGAGGGAGGAGCAGGAGAAAGAGGCGCUGGCAGUGCAGCUGCAGGAGGGAGAGAGAAAGGCUGAGGAGCUCUCUGAAAGCCUCAGCUUGAAGGGGCAGGAAGUCACCAGGCUGGAGGAGCUGCUUUCCAAAAGCUCAGUCGAGAUUGAAAGGCUCCAGCAGGAAGUGGCAGAGCGGGAGGAUAGGAUGGAGGAAGUCAGUCGUGGCAUGUCUGACCGCAUGGUCCAGCUGAAUGAGGAGAAGUUUAUGCUGGGGAAAGAAGUGAAGAACCUGACGGAGAGGCUGAGUUUGUGUAUGCCAGAAAAGCCGACCAGAGACCAGGGUGUUGGGACGGAGGAGGAAGAAGAGGAAGAGACACCACCCGAGCAACAGGUGGAGAAGGCCCUGUCUGCCAGCCAGGAGGUGGAGGGCUUGAGGAAGGAGAACCAGCUGGUGAGGAAGAAGCUCCAAGCAGCCCUUGUCAGCAGGAAGGAGCUCUUGGGAAAAGUUCGUAGACUAGAGAAAGAGUUGGAUGGGAGGGAAGCGCCAGCAGAGCCUGGGGCCAAAUCUCAGGAGAUCCAGGAGAGCAAAGGGGAAGAGGAGCCCCCUGAAGGUAGUGGAAAGGCAGAGGAAAACAUGUCUCCUUCAAGGCCAGGCAGGACUGCCUGUCUCAGUCAGUUGGUCCCCAUGAAGGAGGCCGAGUUGCAAGCCAUGCUGAAGGAGAAAGAAUCUGAGGUGGUGACCCUACGAGCUGCGGUUGUGGACCUAGAGGAGAGUUUGCAGGAGAAGAACCUCUUCAUUGGCAGCCUGCAGGCCAAACUCGAGGGGCACAUUUCAGCCACCAAGAAACAGAUCACUGUGGAUCAGAGCGCAGAGGGAGCAGCUGCAGCCGAUCCUCUCGCACCUGUGGUAGAUGGCACCACAGACACUCCAGGCAGGCAGGAGGAAGAGUCGAAGGCCAGCCUAGAAGAGAAGAUCAGUGCUUUGGAGCAAGAGAGGGACCAGCUGCAGAAGAAGCUCCAGGAUGCUCUGACCUCCCGCAAGGACACCCUCAAGAAGGGCCAGGAGAAAGACCGUCACCACCGGGAGCAGCUGAAGCAGCAAAAAGAUGACUACAGCCUUCUCCAGGAGCAGUUUGAGCAGCAAGGCAAGGAGAAGGAGAGCCUACAGGAUCAGCUCCGAGCCCUGAGCAAGACUCUGGAGAACUCUGCUCCUGCUGAGAGCGAACCAUCAUUGGGAGUUGUUCAGGAGUCUGUCUGGGAGGCUCCUGAAAGGAGUGAUGGUGCUGGAAGGCCCUGCCCGCUAGCAGAAGACUCUGCUAUGGAGCAGCUCAAGGCAGAGCUUGAACAACUCAGAGCUGAGAAAGGGGAGCUGGAGGCCCAUGUUCUCCACCUGGAAGGAGAGCUCAUAGGCAAGUCAGAGAUGAUUCUGCAGCUCCAGGAAGAGGCCAGGCAGCUGCAUGCUGAGAUGGAGGCGGUGAAGGCGGCUUGCCGUCAGGCAGAAGCCAGCAUGGAGCAUCUCCGUUUGGAGCUGGAGGAGAGCCAAGCAGAGGCAGCCAGGCUGAGGCUCCACCAGGCUGAUCUUGAGGAGCAAAAGACACUCACUAGCAAAGAAGAAAUUGAGGCGCUUAGCUUGCAACUAGCAGAGAGAGACAGAUCUCUGCAUCAGCUCCAGGCAGAGCUGCAGGAAAAAGAAGGUGCUGUCCAAGCCCUGCAAAGCCAGCUAGAGAGGCAGAAUGAGGAACAAGCCCAGCGCUUGCGAGUUGAAUUGGCCGAAGCACAGCAGAAAUCAGCUGAAGAAGCUGCUGAGGACCAGUCCAGGGCUCAUCUGCAACGGAAACUGCAGGCUGCUCUGAUCUCCAGGAAGGAUGCCCUGAAGGAGAGCAAGUUGCUGAAGGAGGAGCUGGGCAGGGCCAACGCUGCUCUGGAAAGCGCAUCUCUCUGCUUGUCGGGUGCAGAAAACCGGGCAGUUGAGCUGGAGAAAGAGAAGGAGGUGCUUUUGAAGAAGCUGGCGGUCCUUGGAGAGGAGCGGGAGAAACUCAUCGCGGAAGUGGAUGCAGCCCUGGUGGAAAACCAGAACCUCUCUGGGUCCUGUGAGAGCCUGAAGCUUGCUCUGGAGGGGUUGAGCCAGGAGAAGGUGAGACUGGAGGAGGCGGCCGACUCUCAGCGGAGCUCCCACAUCCAUGAGCUCUCUGAGUGGCAGGAGAAACACCGGGAACUUCAGAAGGAGUAUGAGACCCUUCUGCAGUCAUACGAAAAUGUCAGCAAUGAGGCUGAGAGGAUCCAGCGGGUGGUGGAGGGUGUCCGGCAAGAGAAGCAGGAGAUCUUCCUCAAGUUGAAGGACGCAGAGGCUGAGAAGAAGGAGGUGGAGGCACGCCUUCAGGGGACUGAGCAGGAGGUGGAAGGGAUGAAGGAGAAGAUGAGGAAGUUUGCAAAAUCCAAGCAGCAGAAGAUCCUGGAGCUAGAAGAGGAGAACGAGCGCUUGAGGGCAGAGGUUCAUCCCAUGGAAGGUGAGCAAGGAGAGGCAGAGGAGGCAAGCGCUUUACUCAGAGGAGAGUUGGAGAGCUCCAAGCGGACCUGUGAGUCGCUCUAUGGUCAGCUGAAAAUACUGACAGCUGAAAAGGAAGCUCUGAAUCAGGAAGUCCAGGACUUGAAGCAGUUAUUGAAAAAUGAGGUGGAGGUAACAGGACAGAACAGUGGACAAGAAGGAACUUUGCUGUCCAGUGAGGAGGUCAGUUCUGCCAUGGCAGUUCCCCUGGAGUCCACUGCUGCUGCUCAGACACCUUUUUAUGCAGUGUCUGAAACUCCAGGACCCAUUUCACUGAGCCUUAAGACUGAGCCAGAAGCCAGUCCAUCCUGUGAUAAGAUAAACAGGUACAUCCAGCAAGUAGAACAGCUUGGAGAGCAGGUUGCAAAACUGGACGAGAAGAGGAGGGUGGGGGAAGAGGAACUGAGCAGGGUCCUGAGGGACCUGGAGACCCUCAGAGAGGAGAAGAAGGGGCUGGAGGACUUGUUGGCUGAGAAAGUCCAGGAGCUGGAAGCUCUGCGGGGAAAGGUCUUCAAGAUGGAACAAGCCAGCCAGGGGACAGAGGAGCAGCUUGCCAGAGCUUUGAAACUGAAAGAAGCUCUGGAAGCUGAGAAGGAUGACCUGGAGGAGAGGCUGAUGAACCAGUUGGCAGAGCUGAAUGGGAGCAUUGGGAACUACCAGCAAGAUGUGGCAGACUUGCAGAGCAAGAACCAGCUGCUUCAAAGUGAGAUGGAGAGUCUUCAGGAGACCCUGAGUCACCUGGAGGAUGAAAAGCGACGCCUGCUGAAAGAGAAAGCCCAGGUGGAAGCAGACAAGAGGGAGAGCGUGGAAAAACUGAAGAGCGCCUGGAAGGGUGACAAUGGCCGGACGCAGGUGAAAGAGCUCCAGGAGCUUCUGAAGGAGAAGCAGCAGGAGGUGAGGCAGCUGCAGAAGGAUUGCAUCAAAUGCCAGGAGAAGAUCACCAGCCUGGAGAGAACUAUCAAAGCCCUGGAGUUUGUUCAGAGCGAGUCCCAGAAGGAGCUGGAGGGCACCAGGAGGAGUUUGGCUGAGGCAGGAGAGGGGACCCAGAAGGCCCAGGCUGAACUGGCCUCUUGCAAGGUCUUGCUGGACGACACACAGAGCGAAGCCGCCCGAGUCUUGGCCGAGAGCCUGAAGGUAAAAGAGGAGCUCCAGACAAGCCGGGAAGAGGUGAAAGUACAGCUAAGACAGAAGGAGAAGGACCUGGAGAGGCAGCUGGAGCAAGAGAAGGGCAAGCACUCCAAGGAGAUGAGCAACAUGGUAGGGCGGCUGGAGGCCUUGCGGAGGGACCAGGCCCGCUUGGAAGGGGAGGCGCAGGAACUCCGGGACACCCUGCACCAUAAGGACCAGGAGGCCAAGCGGCUCCAAGGCAGCCUGAACCACACUCUGGCCCAGCUGGCUGCCUUCACCCGGAGCAUGUCCUCCCUGCAGGACGACAGGGACCGAGUGAUAGAUGAGUCCAGGCAGUGGGAGAAGAAGUUCAGCGAGGCCAUCGAGAAGAAGGAACAGGAGGUGCGUGCCCGGGAGGAGUCCUGCGUGGACUUGGAGGAGCGGGCGAAGCGGGCGACUGCCCAGGUGGAAGACCUACAGAGCCAACUGACCAGCUUAGAGCACAGCAAAUUGGCCCAAGAGUCCAGUGCCCAGAAGGAGCUUCAGCGUCUCCAGGAAGAAGCCGAGUCUCUCCAGCAGGAGAAAGGCAGGCUGACAUCCCAGCUGGAGGACUCUCAGAAACUGCUGAGCAGCUCCCAAAGCCAGGUCCAGAAGCAAGAGAUAGAGCUCCAUAAUCUGAGUGAGCAACUUUCCUCUCUGCAAGAGUCUCUUGCAGAAUAUGAGAAGGCCCAGGAAGAAAUGGUGAAGAUGCUCAAAAGUCAGGAGGCCGACCUCCAGGAAAGCCGGUUCAGGCAUGAGCAGCUGGAGGCAGACCUGCAGGCCUCCAAGGAACUGACAGAGAGACUCCAGGAAGAGAUGAGCAGCAAGGAUCAGAAGAUCGUCAACCUUUUAUCUGCCAAAGAGGAGGCUGUUUCUGUAGCUGUGUCGGAAUUGCAGCAGCGACACAAGGAGGACUUGAUAGAGCUUGAGGACCGAAUUGACAAAGUGGAAGAGGAGAAGUUGGCCCUGGAAACGGAGAAGAGGAAAAUUCUGGAGAAGGUCGACCAUCUCACAGGGAAGCUGAAGAACACCAGGGAGGAGAGCAAGCAGCACAAGGCCCAGCUAGAUUCCUUCACCAGGUCCAUGUCUUCCCUGCAGGAUGACAGGGACCGCAUCCUGGCAGAUUACCAUCAGUUGGAGCAGCGCCACUUGGCAGCUAUCUUGGAGAAAGACCAGCUGAUCCAGGAGGCGGCUGCCGAAAACAACACCUUGAAGGAGGAGCUCCGGAGCCUCCAUGGCCGGAUGGAUGACCUGCAUGCGGAGAAUGCCAAAUUGGAAGCUGAGCUGGUCCGCUAUCGCCAGGACCUGAACCAGGUCAUCUCCAUCAAGGACUGCCAGCAGAAGCAGCUGCUCAAGACCCAGCUGGAGCGCAUCCAGGCACUGGAGAAGGAGAAGGCAGGCGUGGAGGGGCAACUGAGAGAGUCUGAAAGCGCUUUGGACAAUCUACGUUCAUCCCUGGAAGCCUUGAGGCUGGAGAAGGGCCAUAUGGAGCAGGAGGCAGAGGACCUCAAGGCCUCCCUGUCCCAGCUGCAAAGUGAGAUGACGGCCUUGCAAGAUGGUGGGCCCAUGUUGGAGCUGCAGACGCAGCUGCAAGGCAAAGUAGAGGAAGUUCUGGAGCUGAGUGGGCAGCUCUCACUCAUGCAGCAGCAAGCGGCAAAACUCGAGGAGGAGAUGACCCUUCUCCGUCAAACCACAGAGGAGAAACUGCGUGAGGCAGAAGUCAAGAUGAAGAAGGAGCUGAAGAACCUCCAUCACGAUGCUGGGCUCAUGCGGAAUGAGACGGAGACGGCCGAGGAGCGGGUGGCGGAACUGGCCAAGGACCUCCUUGAAAUGGAACAGCGGCUGCUUGCUGUCACGGAGGAGAACCAGGACUUGAAAGCCCAGAUCCAGUCCUUCCGGAAGGCUAUGAGUUCCCUCCAAGACAGUUGGGACCAGUGCAAUGAGGAGCUGCAGUCCAUGGAGAAGAAAUACUCAGAGGAACUGGAAGAGCAGCGGUUGUUUGUGAAGAACCUCCGGGAGGAGAAGGCCCAGGCCCAGGAGGAGCUGAAAGACCUGAGCAAGGAAAGGGACAGGUUGGCCUCUGACCUGGCAGUCCUCCGGGAGUCAUCAGAAGAGAAAGGGCUCCUGGCCCGGCUGGAGAAGCUCAACCAGCAGCUUCAGGCCAAAGACAGGGAGCUUCUACACAUGGCCUCUGAGCUGGAGGCGGCCUCUGCCCAGGUGAACUCCUUCUCCAAGGCCAUGGCCAGCCUGCAGGGUGAGCGGGAGCGUCUCCUGAGUGAGCUGGGCAGAGCCCGGAAAGCAGAGAUCAAGCUGCAGUCAGAUGCCAGUGCCUCUGCAGGCCUGGCUGAAGUGCCCAGCCUCAAGAAGGCCUUGUCCUCCCUGCAGAAUGACCGAGACCGGCUGCUGGUGGAGCUAAAGAACCUGCAGCAGCAAUACCUCCAGGUCGGGGUGGACACAGCUGAGAUCACGCGCCUCAAGGCUCAGUUGCAGGAUUUGGAGCAGCUGAAGGCGGAAAGUGCCUCCUGGCAACGUGAGCUCCAGCAGCUCAGAGAGGAGAAGGCAGCCUGGGAACUGGAGGUUUUGUCACUCCGAGGACAGCAGCGGGGUCCCCUGGUGAGAGCCAUGCAGGAGACAGCAAGGGCCGGCCCUCACAUGGUGGAAGAAGACCAAUACCAAAGACAGGUUGCACCGGAGAACAUGGGUUCUAGCCAGAUUUCUGCGGGGGAUGGAUCUGGUCCUGGGGCAGAUGCAGACAACCUCCAGGCCCAGCUGAAGAGCAGCCUGAAAGAGCUGCACCAGAAGGAAUUACGCAUCCAGCAGCUGAACAGCAAGCUCUCCCAGGUCUUUGAAGAGAAGAACUCGCUCUCUCUCCAGCUCAGAGGAAGUAGCCACAGCUUGCGUGAGAGCCAGCAGCGUUACAGCGACGUCCUUUCCCGCUGCGAGGUACUGGAGAAGCAGCUGCAGGAGGUGCAGCCCUCCUCCAAGGCCAGGGGGUCCCUCCUAACGGACGCUGCGCCUGGUGCCCCCCAGGAAAAAAGCGAGCAUCCCAGAGAGAGCUACACCCCAGAGCUACAAGAAUUGCAGAUGAGGCUCUCAGAGGCUCAGCAGCAGCAGAGCAAUGCGAAGGAAGGCCUGAUGCAGCUGGAGGAACUGUUACAAGAGGAGCAGGACCGGCGCCUGGCUGCCGAGGAAGCCUACGCUGCAGCACAAGAUCACAUCCGCAGGUUGGAGUCGGCUGAGUGGACACAUGCUCUAGACACCAGUAUUGAUAUCCCUCCCAGUCCUGAACACGCGAUGCUUGUGGGUCCUGCGGACGGUUCCUUCAGCAAGAUUCGAGGGAGCACGGGGCUGCGGCGUGUCCUGCGCUCGCUCUUCUGUUCCCGGAGGCGCCUGCCCCUCCUGGCCACUGUCUACCUCCUCACUGUCCACAUCCUGCUGCUCCUGUGCUUCACGGGCCAUUUGUGAGAGGGACGCUCCACGGCUGGAAAGAGCCUGAUGGGUCAGGUGCCAUGGGAAAGCGUUUGGCGGAUUCUGCUGUGUCGCAGAUGGAUGGGGAGGAAGCCCUUGGCUGCAGCCAUAAGUAUCUUGGGGGCAUCCAUCCUCCUGGGCAGACUGCCUGAGUCCAAGAGGAGAGCCUCCAGGGCAGCAUUGAUGCGACGGGCCCAGGACUUGUUAACAACACCCAUAUUGGUUUCGUUUGGGUUCUUCGGGAAAAGCGUUGCGGUUUUCACAGUCCACCCUGCAAAAUGAAUCAGGGUGAAAUGUUUGUUCAUGGUGUUAAGUUAAUUUUGGAGAGUGGGGGGGACGUUGAGGGAGGAAGAGAUGGCAGGCGGAGGAAAGCCACUCUCCUUUCUCCUGUUUGUUUUCCAAUGCUGCAUUAAUUGCUACUAUCUGGGAAGCAACCCCUGCAGCCAAAGGGCUUGUGCUCUGCAGCAUGCUGGCAUGCUGAACUCCUUUUCCGCUCUACAGUGUGUCCUAGCACAUGUUUUUAACCACAUUCUGGAAAGUGGACCCAGUUUAGCUCAAUCUGAAGUUGCUGUAACCCUCUAGGUUUUGUACCUAUUGUUGGUGCUCUUCAGUUUGAGUGACUCAGGCUGGAAAAAUCUGCAUCAAAUGGUGGUGGAAGGGGACCUUGCCAGCAAAGAGGGAAAGGUGACUGCACUCAACCAGGGAGCCUGUUUCCUUCACUGUGCAAAGAGUGGGACUAAAGUAGGUCUGGAGGUGUCUUUUAAAUCUCCCCUUGGUUCCCUAUCUGCAUGUCCCAGGGAAGGAACAACCCUGGAAAGGCACUUUUUUGGAUUGCAACUUUGCAAAGCUGCCUGUGCUUGGAGGUUCUGGGAGUUGCAGUGCAAAAGCAAAGUAACUUUCCAAAGCUCUGGAAAAGGAUAAAGAGUUGCCAGUGUGUUUGUGUGUGCUGCAGCCUUUGGGGCAUUGCCAUCAUCUGGGGAGUUCUUUUCUGGCCCUUCAGGAGAAAAUGGAAGGGCCCACAGCGAGAGUUUCCUUCCUUCCUGUCUCUCUGUGGCCUUGGGAUUUCCAGCUUAGGUUUAUCCUCCUGCGAUGUGGGCAGUGGGCUUUCCUUUCAUCUCUAACCGUCUGAUCCUCUGAGACCCCAUUCCUGUGCAAUAAAGAUAAUUAUUUUUCCGAA